AUGUUGUUGUCUGUCGUGUAUAUAAAGGUGCUAGAGGUUGGCUUGAAAGGACGGGUGAAGUGGUACUCCGUACUCGGCCAUUAUGGCUUCAUCGCUCGCGCUGAUGGCAAGCCGGACAUCUUCGUCCACCAGAGCGCCAUUUCCAAAUCUCAAACAGAAAAGUUUUACCUCCGUACAUUGGCUGAUGACGAGCCCGUCGAGUUUGACAUUGUGGAAGGACGUAAGGGUCCCGAGGCAUCGAACGUUACAGGUCCAAAUGGUGGGAACGUAAGAGGGUCUAGAUACCAGAGGGUGUUGUUGUAUCGCUUCCGACCUCCACGUUAUCACGUUUCGCAUGGAAAGGAUUCUGACAGAAGGAGAGGCGCUACGGGCAAUCAAGCCAAAAUUACAAAUGAUGAAGAGUGGCAGAAGGGGCCACUACAUGGUCGAAGACACGGUCGACGCUUUCGUCCGCGUCGCAGUCGCCAACCACAAGGGAAUGGAGUUGUCGAGCAUGCGCCCACCGGUGCUGAGGCAACCACAGAUGUUGAGGCUACUAUCACUAUAAAGCCCUCCCCAAGACGUCGCAAUAACUAUUAUUAUAAUCGUCGUUUCCGACGUCAGAAGGUCGAGCCCAAACAAGGUGACGAUGUGGGUAAAGAGAAAAUGAACGCUUCAAAUAGCUCCGGAUUGGCCGCAGAGUCGGAAAAUGGCCAGGACGAGGAGAAGGCUGGAAUACGUCGUCGAACCGAAGGCGAGAAGGAGGCGGAGCUGAAAGCAACCGAAAUGGGCGGUGGAGAUGCGGACCCUGCCGGUUGCAAAAGAAGCACAGCUAUGUAG